AUGGUCUUAGAACACCUGAUAGUGCCAGCGACGGCAAAACAAACGGCGAGUUUAAUAUUUGUGCAUGGCUUAGGCGACAGCGGAUAUGGAUGGAAACCAGUAGCGGAGCUUCUCAGUAAGAGUCUGCCACACGUCAAAUUCAUUCUUCCACACGCACCGAGCCAGCCGGUGACGGUGAACGGGGGGAUGUCGAUGCCAUCCUGGUUCGACCUCACGAGUCUGACGCUGGAGGGCACAGAUGAUGAAGAUGGUCUGCUCAAGAGUGCUUCUGAGAUCAACAAGCUAGUCACUGCAGAGGUGGAUAGCGGUAUCCCAUCGCAUCGCGUUCUCGUCGGCGGCUUCAGCCAGGGAUCCUGCCUCGCCUUCCUCGUUGGUCUAUCUAGCGAGCGCAAGCUGGCCGGUACUGUUGCUCUCUCCGGCUGGCUUCCUCUGCGUCAUAAAAUCAAAUCCAUGCUCGGACCUCACCACCAACAUUUACCUAUUUUCCAGGCGCACGGAAGUGACGAUCCCGUCGUCGCUACUAAAUACGCCGAUUUUACUAGCUCGUAUAUCAAGUCACUCGGUUUCAAGGAUGUGCCUGUGUCGCAGCCCCAGAAUGGCGGUAUCUCCUUCACGAAAUACGACGGUAUCGGCCACGGCGCGUGUCAGGAAGAGCUGCAAGACCUGGCAGAGUGGCUAGUGAAGGUGCUCGGAUAUACUUGGAAAAAACCAGACAGACAGACAGACAUCCUCACACACCCACGCAACAAUAUUGCCAUUACCAACGACGGAUACUCGACUUACUUCUCCAACCUGUGCGCCGCUUACCCCCUCAAAUUGCUCACGCCAGCUCUGCGCACAGGACCGGUGGGUGUAGGGAUAUGCUACACGCUGCAGUAUGGCGGGGGGUUAGUAUCUGGUGAUAUUUGCGAUCUCAGCGUGGAUAUACACCACAGAAGCACUCUCAUUCUUCUUACGCAAGGUUCUACAAAGGUGUUUAAGAGUAGCGGGAAGACGUCGCAGCAGAAGUUGAUGGUAAAUGUUCACCCCCACGCCACGAUAGUCUCCCUCCCAGACCCUAUCCAGCCCUUCGCGCACUCCCGCUACAAGCAGAAGCAGGAUUUCUUCUUGGAUGGCACUUCCUCUGCUGUUAUCCUUGAUUCUCUCAACAGUGGUAGAAGUGCUUGUGGAGAAUACUGGGAUUUCGAUCGCUACACCUCCAUCAACUCCAUCUACGUCGAUGGACAUCUCAUCGUAAAAGAUAGCGUACAUCUAAUUCAACCUGAUAUACAAACACGCUUGCAUCCCUUUCACGCUUACGCCAUGCUUUUCCUCAUCGGCGAAAAGACUAAAAGUAUACGUGAAGAUUUUCACACUCAGCAGUCAUCUCUAAACUCUGUAUUAAAUGGCAGAUUCCAUGUCGGUAGUCGUCCAAUCUGGUCUCUCACUAACAUUUCUCCACAAGCCUCCGUUGUACGCUUGGCUGGGAAGGACGACGAGUCUAUCAAACACUUUCUCGGUGAGAGGUGCACUCAGCUAGAAGAUACCAUCGGUAAUGAGGCCUUUGUGAGAUGCUUCAGAUGA